AACCAACUAAAGAUGAAUCUUCUUCUUAUCUUCUUUGCUGCUAUGGUUUCCGGUUCCUUUGGCGCAUUCUUCCGCAAGACCCUGUCCCUGACUGCCGAUCCACCAACUUGUACCGUCCCAGCCACUGGAGGAUUUUCGGCCCACAAGCUCGUCAAUGAGUUCGGAUUUGUCGAUCCAUUCGGAUCAAAGGAUAUUGUGAUCACCCGCACUGCUGGUGCACCAAAUUGGAAUGAUAAGCUUGUCAUUCAUUAUGCACCAGCUCCAGCUGAUGCUACUGAUGCUCAAGCCGCUUUUGCUGCAGCCACUCUUACUGGUCAGGCACUCACCAUUCCAUUGACGGCCACCGCCUAAAAAGAGCAAACUCAAAAAACGUCAAGCUUGGGACAUUUCGAUCCAUAUGCAUAUAUUCAUAAUGAUAAAUAAAAUUGAUAAUGAAUUGAACUUUGUCAAA